CGAGACAAUGAUCAAAAACGACAAGCUGAAUGUGAUAUGUUCGAGGUUUCCCGAAUAUUUCCGGAGCCCAAACUCAACCAUUCCUGUGGAGAUUCUGGAUAAAGUGACUGAUUUAUAUUGCAAUAUGUCAAACGCAUCCCUCCGGGCCAUCAUGCGGACUUUCGUUAUGAACCGGAGAUUUUAUAUCGCUGAAUAUAUUAACCAACAAUCCAGUUCGCAGAGUGCUCAGGACGCAAAUGGCGGCAAAGCGACGGCUCCUGCAGCCGAAAUGGAAAGAAGUUUGGCGCCUGGUUUGACCGAGACAAACGAGAGCAGUCCGGAUUCUGAAGAAUCAGUAAUUUCGCUGUCUAGAUCGGAGGAGACAAACGAGAGCAGUCCGGAUUCUGAAGAAUCAGUGAUUCCGCCGCCAUCUUCCUCUAUAACCGGAAUUGAAAAUUGUACGAGGAAUCAAAGGUUUCGUGAAAUCAAUCACGGUUGA